CACACAUUGUAACUUGAAACUGAAACUGUUUUGUUUUGUGUGCGUUCUUAGAAACAUUGUAGAAAGUAAAAAAUGGUGGAGGAACAAGAAACAUCAGAUGGCUACCUAGGAUGGAAUCGAAUCCGCUACUCUCAUCUCCAGUGGACAAAAACCCAUUUCCAAUCAGAUCCCCAAACCCAUUGGUCUAUGCCAAUGGUGGCCAUCACAGACUCUUCCUCCACCGCCGCUGCCGACGACGGUGUCUCCGUCGUCUUUCCUCCCAACGACCACGAAGGCCUUCACAUCUCCAAUCAAAAUCAACCCAAUCAUCACUCACCGUUGCCGCCGUCGCCACAGCCACCACCACCAACGCCGCCGUUAUUGUCAGUUUCGCCAUACGUAGUCAACGGAGAGGACCCAUCACCGCCCCUGACAAGGUGGUUGAGAUUUGGGUUUGGGUUCUUGGGUUCCAAGGUUACUGGCAUCGCUUCCUCGCUUCGAUAUUAUGCCGCCACUAGAGGGACACUCUGGUCAUUUCGCUCUGCUGCCGGCACGGCAGCGGCUCUGCUACUGUUGUGGCUGUUGCACAUGAAAUUCCGGCGGCAACGGCAUUCGCGGCGGAUUCGGAGAGAGAAUGAGGAUCAGCUGCUGCUUGUUAUCAAAGAAAAAGACAAGAUUGUCCUAGGAAGUGGAAUGGGAAUGGAAACAUGGGGCACCUUCAUGAAAGAUCCUGGAUCCGCUCUAGGAGAGACCAUGGUUUUUCCGGCACAUCCGAGUUUGUGGGAUGGUGUUCGUAAACUCACCAAGUCGGCUCAGCACAAAUGUAUAGCGACCCGCUGGUGGGUGAUUCAGUUCUCAUCGACCCUAAACUUGGCUGAAGUUUCGCUGCUGUUGACGGUGGUUGCAAACUUGCUCAUCUCUCAUAAUGUUGGGGCCAAUAAUUUUUUUGAUCAUGUGGAAGUUCCUUGAGAAGGCAUUGAUGGUGUAGAUCAGGCCUUGGAUGCUCGUUCUCGCUUUUCUUUCCAGCAGAUUUUGUUUCAAAGUGUCUUUUAUAUUUUUGGGUCAAUUCAUAUGAGAAUGUGUUUAUAUAUGUGAGUUUCUACAUCACUUUGGUGAAUAAAGGAAACAUCCACUAAUUAUUCAUACUAAUCACUAAGGCCAGUUUGGUUGGGAUCAAAAGUUACUGUAAUUUUCGUUGUCGAAGUUGGUUAUAUAUGUGAGGAUCAAAGGUUCACAUACCCUCGGUUUGGUUAGGACAAAAUUGAUCAUUGUAAAUUUCGCUCUUGAACUUUUGAUCCUUUCUCUCUUCUUUUUUGCAUCAAUUUUUGUUACUAUAGUUAUCUUGGUUCAGUUUUGGAUA